AUGAGGGGGACUCUCUGCUGGGAGAAAGAACGCCUACAGACCAAGAACUUCAAGAGCUUUCACUGCAACACAUUCUCAGCCCCUCAGAGGGAAGCACGUACACUGCAGCAGCAGCAGCAGCAGCAGAAGCAGCAGCAGAAGCAGAAGCAGCAGCAGCAGCAGCAGCAGCAGCAGCAGCAGCAGCAGCAGCAGCAGCAGCAGCAGCAGCAGCAGCAGCAGCAGCAGCAGCAGCAGCAGCAGCAGCAGCAGCAGUCAUGGAAUAUGGCGGCUUUCCUGCUGUCGGUUGCUGAUUCUAUCAUAGAGUGCUCUGCCCUUGACACUCUCGGGACAGUGCCUGCUGCUGUGCCUGCUAUUCUCCCUGAACCUAGGGUCUCUGCCUCACAAUCUAUCGCAGGCAGCCCCUUUAACAUGCCGACUCAAGCUGCCGUCGCAUUGAGUCUCGCAGCUGAAACGAGUACUCCUCAUACGUGUGUAGCUGGACCUGCUCAUAGGCUUGAGAAAGGGCUGUCAAAUCUCCCUGCCUCUGCCAUGCCCGGCGUGGCUUGUGCAUCGUGUGCGUGGGCGUGCAAUGGGCCCAAGGAGCCAUAUGCCACGGAUGCACCUUGGACCGAGUCUGCUCGCUGUGCCUGCAAUAACGCCGCUGCCCAUGACUCUGCCUCUGCCCAUGACUGCGCCUGUGCCUGCAAUAGUGCUGCCCAUGACUCCGCCGCUGCCCAUGACUGCGCCGCUGCCCAUGACUGCGCCGCUGCCCAUGACUGCGCCGCUGCCCAUGACUGCGCCGCUGCCCAUGACUGCGCGUGUGCGUGCCAGCACAUCGAGGAUGAAGUGCCUGAGGUGCAUGGUGCACCCACGAGUCAUGUGCCCGCCAUCCCCGCUGUGCCGCCCCCCAUCGCUGACCCGCCCCCCAUCGCUGACCCGCCCCCCAUCGCUGGGCCUUCAGCUGAUGGGGGUGCGCACAUGCGAGGUGCUGAUGGGGGUGCGCACAUGCGAGGUGCUGAUGGGGGUGCGCACAUGCGGGGUGCAUCCGUGACUCGAUCCGCUGCUGUCCAAAUGCCACUCCUUGCCACUCAACUAUCCGGUGCGGCUGUCCUGGCUGAUGGGGGUGUGUUCAUGCAGAGUGCACCGCCCAUGGCCGCAGUAAGCGAUACAGGUUUGAUACGAGGAGCAUCAGUGAAGCAACAGCUCCAAGGUCCCCUGCGAUUGGUGGUCCCCAAGCUCCAAGUGCCACUUCAAUCCAUGCAAGCGCCCCUGCAGGCUGUUCCGUGUGCAGCCUCUGUACAGCAAACACCCCUUCUCAAACAGAAUGAAGACGGUGUACCCCUAGGUCCAGUGCUUAGGGUGGGCUCAGACCCCAUUGAAGUUUUCCAGAUGCCAGCCCAGCAGGGGGUGGUUGGGUCAUCAUCGCAGCAGGCGGGGGUGGUGCCCUUAAUCUCGCCGGAAAUGCUGGCAUUUUUGGGAGGGACCAGCACCGCCUCUGAGGCGCCUCGAAAAUCGUCUCAUGACUUGCAGGGAGUGGUUGGGUCCUCGUGUCAGCAGGGAAGGGUGGUGCCCUUGAUCCCGGCAGAAGUGUUGGCGUUUCUGGGAGGGGCCAGCACUUGCCGUGUUUCAGACUUUGUAACGGCUGGCAUAAGGCAAGAACUGCAGUCGUGGCUUGACGGAGCAGCUUAA